ACUCAACAAGUAUAAAUGGUUUUGAGGUGCAAUUCGCUUGCUAUAAGCAGGAAGCGAAGUUGUCGACAGCAUUCACGCAACAGCAACACGAUGGAUCAAGAAAAGUGCUUGGCUCUCAUCAUUAGAAGCUCAUUAGGGUUCGUGAAGAUCAUUGGUUUCAUAGGACUCAUCACUCUCGCAGCAAGAGCGAACUCCGAGGAUGCACUUGGAAAACCUGCGUAUGGGGUUUUAUGCAUAAGCGAAUGUCCGACAUGUCCUGGCAUCUGCUCGCCGCCACCGCCGCCACCUUCGCCGUUGUCCAAGACAUAUCCUCCUCCUUCUCCACCUCUGCCGCUGCCGGAGCCACCAGUUUCUCACUCUCCUCCUCCAUAUUACUACGCUAGCCCGCCACCGCCUGCCCCGCAUUCAUCGCCUCCGCAACAUAUGUCGCCGCCACCGUCGCCACCACAGCUGCCACCCGAUAUAUAUCCCGUAUGGGGUGCUCCCCCUCCGCCGCCGCCCCCGCCUUACAAGUACAAUAAGCCCCCUCCGCCAUCGAUGUCGUACUCCCCUAUAAUUACAUCAUCUAAUAGUAGCUCCCCUCCUUUCUACUACUUCUAUGCCUCAAAUGCGGGUUUUAAAUCUUCUCUUCUUACCUUCUCAUGUACCUUGUUGCUCCUCCAUGUUCUCUCUUUUCUUUCCUUUUGACAGGUUGUGAUCAUAUAUGAUGAGGUGAUGUAUAGUAUUGGAGGUUCUUUAGGGGGGGGGGGGGGGGGGUGGGGGGUUGGAUGAUCUUUGUAAUUGUGCUUCUUGCUUUCAUGAUUUUCAGCUUCUAUUACAAUAUGGGUGAGACAGAUUCUUUUUUCUAUAUGUGUUGACUAUAAAUGAGCAGUAUAUAAAGUGCUACAUUUUGAUGAAUG